GAAGGAGCACCGCACCCAAAUUUCCUCUCACAUCAACCGCUGCAUCACUUCCAAAGGCGCAGGAUAUUGAUCUCUUUGCGACCUCCGACUGCACCAAAGAGGAAUAAAGAAAUGGCACCAUCCGUGAAAGCUCGUGGUACCGCUCAGAAGGCCGCGAUGAAGGGCAAAGCUGGCGCGAAGGGUGGAAAGGUCACGAACAAGUACACGAUCAACUGCUCCCAGCCCGUGUCCGACAAGAUCUUCGACCUCUCCGCUUUCGAAAAGUUCCUGCACGAACGCAUCAAGGUCGAAGGCCGCACUGGCAACUUGGGCGACAAUGUUGCGAUCAGCCAAGUCGGCGACGGCAAGAUCGAGGUCAUCACCCACAUCCCUUUCUCCGGCCGCUAUUUGAAGUACCUGUAAGGAAAAGAAAAAACGAGUCUUGCCCAACACAAUCCACCCCGGCAUCUUCCCCUCUGUUCAUAUGAUCAUGCAGAACAAAGGAGUGCUCGACAAAUCCAUGGCCUCGAAGCAUGCGAUGCUGUGCGCUGAAGGGAAAUGGAUAUUGUGUGGUGCUCCUUGCACCCCUACAGACACCCAUGCAUUUGGAACGGUCAACGCUAACGAGAAUUGCGUGACGCUCAAUUAGGACCAAGAAAUUCCUCAAGAAGCAACAACUCCGGGAUUGGCUCCGCGUGGUCUCGACAUCCAAGGGCGUCUACGAGUUGCGUUUCUUCAACGUCGUUAACGACGAGGGUGAUGAGGAUGAGGAUUAAAUCAGAUGACCUGAUGCACAGCGAGCCGCACAAGGUAUCGUCAUGCUGUCAAAAUUCCCAACAUCUGAGGUGGAAGGAGUCAUGACAGGCCAGAGAGUGUAUGCAUCAUUGAUCGACACCUCAGACCAGGAGCAUGGGCGGUGAUGUCUCAAUAUGCCCCUGAAGUCGAAUCAGAAGGGCUCUGAUAUUGAGCCUGCACUUCUGCCUUGCCUCGCUCCCCGAGACGAUAAAGAGAGGUCAAUGGCUUCCAUUUGGGCGUCAUCAUGUCAAGCAUCGUCUCGGCAAGUCACCAAUGAUACUUCUCCUUGUUUCAUACAGUGAUAGAAAACUUCCCGCCAUAGCCCAAUGUCAGCAAAAUAGAAACUGCAAGCCCCGUUCCUUGUGCUUGGCCAGCGAUAGGUAUUAGCCAGUUCCUUUCCCCGGCUGUAUUCGCUGAUAGAGAUGAAUCUGAU